AUGUCCGACGUUAUGGCCGACAACAACGACAUGGAUGUCGGCGGUGAUGCUGGUCCCUCCAACGAUGGCCAGACAAAGGCGAAGCGCAGCAGAGUGCAAUUCUCUUGUACUGCCUGCCGAUAUCGCAAACUAAAAUGUGAUCGCACCCAUCCCUGCGACCGUUGUACGCGGCGUGGCGAUGCAGCUUCCUGCACAUAUGUAGGCCACGGCCCCCGUGGGCGCGUGAACCACGCCACGGGCACAAACCCAUCGCAUAUCCAGAACCGGAUCCAGCAUCUGGAGAAUCUAAUCCUGUCAUUUGCGCAGCAAAAGAAGCAGGAUAAUGAAAGUGGUAGUGGCAGUGGCGGCAGUGGUGAUAGUAGUCACAGUGGUGCUGCUGCGAGAGGCAGUUCUGCUUCAACUUCUCCAGGCAAUAAUGCAAAUAAUUCUGCGGAGCCGUCGCCGGAAACGAGUAGUUCGGUGGAGCAAAAUACUUCGGUGGAGGUUGACCCGGGGAAGUUGUUGAAUAAUGGCACUACAUAUGUGGAUGCGUCGAAUUGGCAGGCUAUUCUUGAUGAUCUCAAAGAAGUCAAGAAAUACGUGCAAGAUGAUGAACAGGAUUUUGACGAUGAUGGAUUCCUUGAAGAUGACUCUGAGGAUGAAAUUGUGGAAGUUGAACAGGAUGCGAAUCGUCCGACGCUACUCUUCUACGGAGGCAGAGUACCGUCAAAGCAGGAGCUUCUUGCGGAUUUGCCCCAAAGGGAAGUGGUGGAUAGACUCGUUGCUAAGUUUCUGAAUUCGGAUGAUCCCUCGCUUGCUAUCAUUCACUUCCCGGCCUUCCAUAGAGAGUAUAAUCAAUUCUGGAAUGAUCCUUCGCAAGUAACGCUCCCCUGGCUCGCUUUCCUGUACGGCUGCAUGACCAUGGCUGUGGGCAUGUUCCGGCGGAGUAUGGAAACGCUGCCUUCUCCAUUAGGCGAUACAACAAGUGAAACCAACCGGUUUCAAAGAAACUGCUGCUACUGCUUAAUCAAUUCAAACUACACCACAGUUGGAAAGUACAAGGUUGAAGCCUUACUACUGUACGCCACCGUCGAAUAUACUAAAAGAGGCAACUCGGCCAUGAGUGUUUCUAUUAUCCUUGGUAUUGCCAUCAAACUCGCCAUGCGCAUGGGCUACCACCGAGACGCCAAACACUACGAUACUCUAUCUGCCCUAGAAGGAGAAAUGCGUCGACGUACUUGGGCCAUCUUAUCACAACUCGAUACUCUGACAUCUUUCCAAGUGGGUAUCCCAAAACAAGCGCAAAGCUGGCAAAGCGAUACCGAAAUUCCGCGAAACAUCCGCGACGAAGACAUCGAUGAAAAUUCUAUCGAAUUACCACCUGCACUGCCCGACACUGUUCUAACGCCCGUUGCUUAUCUGAGAUCCAAGAAUCGUGUCAUGAACAUGUUUGGCCGCAUCUGCGAUUUGGCGUAUAACCGCCUACCGUCAACGUACGAAAAGGUACUCGAAUUAGACCGCGGACUCGAGGAAGCGCAUGAAUUGAUAGCGCCGGCGCUUCGCAUGCGGCCCAUCAAUCAAUCCUUUGUCGAUAAUGCAGCGCUGAUCAUGAAACGCUAUACCCUUGAUAUCCUGUAUCAAAAGGCCCGCAUUGUGUUGCACAGAAAGUUCCUUGUCGAGGCUCGAUACAAUCCGCGAUUGAACUACUCGCGUUCUGUCUGUGUAAGUGCCGCAAAAGAGAUUCUCCGUCAUCAGUACGAUUUGUACAAGGAGUCGGAAGUGGGCGGUCGACUCGAAAAGAAUAAUUGGUUUUUCAGAUCUUUACAGAAUAAUGAUUUUGUCCUGGCUGCGAUGGUGAUUUGUCUUGAGUUGUUCAAGAAUAAUGACCUCGUCCCUACAGCUGAGCAGCUGCAACAAGACACCGUCUCUCCUGUUGAGCGUAUCGAUCAGAGGAAUACAUUGAUUGAUACAUUGCAAAAGUCUCGCGAAGUGUGGAAGGAGAAUUUGAAACAUUCAAUCGAAGCGCGAAAAGCGUUUGCUGCGGUGACGGUGAUGUUGAAGAAGGCGGAGCUUGAUGACGAGGCGAGAAAGAGGAGCAGUCAGAGUCCGGCUCAUGCUUCACAUGCGAAUACCUCGAUGAAUAUGGCAAGAGGCGCAGAAAGGUCACCGGAUGAUAUUCUGACGGGAGAAAGUGCGUCAAACCGUGGGUUCAGAGGUAUUAAUCAAGAUGUAUACAUGACAAACUACCUCUCCUCCAUCAAUACAUCAACCACAAUUCCCACGCCCCCUAUAUCCAAUAGCUCCGGCCUAACUACUACCUCAACAAUCAUACAACCACCCAUCUCAGCAGCAACAGCAGCAAACAUCGAUAUAUUCCCCCCAUCAUACUCCAACCUGCAAUUACAAUCCUCCUUACCAGGUCUAGAUGUCAUAGAGACCAUGCUCGAUACCCCGCAGAAUUUGGACUGGCAUGCAUGGGACGGCCAAAUGGAAGACAACAACCCCACUAUUUGGGAAGAGGCGUAUUGGAAUACAGCUGAUGCUGAUGCUCUGAACAUUCCCGUAAAUACGAAUGUGAAUGGGGUCUCGGGAACGGGGGACGUGAUGCAGGCGGACACCACUCCUUCGACUGUCGCUGGCAGCAGCAAUCGCAGUAACGGCAGCAUCGACGGUGGAAGUGAUACGACCAACGAAAUGUAUCUAUUGUACACCGCACCCGGGUAUCGUGGUUAG